AUGAGUGACACGGUUAAAGGGAGGGAGUGUGAGUCCUGGGAUGUAUUUUUCCGUAACGCAAACGCCGGAGCUCCUCCAGGUUCUGCCUAUCAGAGCCCGCCCCUCUUCGGUGGGACCUCUCAGGCUCUGGUGGGAGCUCAGCCCAACGUGGAGAAGCUGGUGGAGGAUCAUCUAGCUGUGCAGUUGCUCAUACGAGCAUAUCAGGUACGAGGUCAUCACAUCGCCAAGUUGGACCCUCUGGACAUCAGCUGUGUUGACUUCGACGACACCCCGUGUGCCGUCGGUUUCCAGAACGUUGGCGCCUACGGGCUGACAGAGUCCGACCUGGACAAAGUCUUCCGUCUUCCCACCACGAUUCGUCGGCGGCGAUGA